GACAGAGGGUUGAGGAGGUGGAGGAAUCGUGAAGGUCUCACAUGACCAUCUAAGAGACCAAAGGAUUAUAAUAUAAGUUGGGGUUUUUGAAACUGGCUGUUUGACUUCUAGGUAUUUUAUUUUGGAUUCCAAAAUGGAUUCAGGCGGAGUGCCAGCCCUGGCCUCGUUCAUCAUGAACGAAGAGGAGCUGAAGAGGAAGCAGCGGGAGAAGCUGAAGAAACUGCAGGCCACUGGAGGAAACCCCCGGCCAGCACGCUCGCUCUUUUUCUUUACUCUCAAAAACCCCAUCCGCAAGAAUUGCAUUAACAUUGUGGAGUGGAAACCCUUUGAGAUCAUCAUUCUACUCACUAUCUUUGCUAACUGUGUGGCCCUGGCUGUGUUUCUUCCAAUGCCAGAGGAAGACACCAACAACACCAACACUACCUUGGAGAGCCUGGAGUAUGUCUUUUUAUUUAUUUUCACUCUGGAGUGCUUCUUGAAAAUAAUAGCGUAUGGGUUAUUAUUUCAUGAAGGCGCAUAUUUACGGAACUGUUGGAACAUACUCGACUUUGUCAUCGUGUUCAUGGGGCUCUUCACCCUGGCAGUUGAUACCAUCAAUGCAAUAGCUGGAGUCCCCACGGAGAAAGGAGGAGGGUUCGAUAUGAAAGCUCUUCGAGCCUUUCGAGUCCUCCGACCACUUCGUCUUGUCUCUGGAGUUCCCAGUUUGCAGGUGGUUAUGAACUCUGUUUUGAAAGCUAUGCUGCCUCUUUUCCACGUCGCUCUGCUUGUCUUCUUCUUGGUCACCCUUUAUGCUAUAAUGGGUCUGGAGCUGUUUAAAUGCAAGAUGCACAAGACUUGUUACUAUGAAGGCAAAGACAUUAUUGCCUUAAGGGAAAAUGAACUGGCAUCACCUUGUGCCCAGGCUGGAAAUGGCCGGCGCUGCACCAUAAAUGGCACAGAAUGUAGGUCUGGAUGGCCAGGACCCAAUUGGGGCAUCACCCAUUUUGAUAAUUUUGGCUUUGCCAUGCUCACAGUGUUCCAGUGUAUAACAAUGGAGAGCUGGACUAAUGUGCUCUACUGGGUUAAUGAUGCUAUUGGCAAUGAAUGGCCAUGGGUCUACUUUGUGUCACUGAUAUUGCUUGGCUCUUUUUUUGUCCUCAACCUGGUUCUUGGCGUCCUCAGUGGGGAGUUUAGUAAGGAAAGAGAGAAAUGUAGGUCCAGAGGGGAGUACCAGAAGUUACGAGAGCGAGAACAGAUGGAUGAAGAUCUGAAAGGAUACAUGGAAUGGAUUACACAUGCUGAAAUUCUGGAUGCUGAUCAAGAAGGAUUAGGUCUUCUUCCCCUGAAGGAUAGUUCAGAGACAGACAGCCUAUAUGAGGAGGGUUUAAACCGUGUAGUGUAUUACUUUCGCCUUGCUCGCCGCUAUCACCGUGUCUUACGGAGAAUGUGCACUGUCUGGGUGAAGUCCAAAGUGUUUAACUGGCUGGUGAUCCUGGUUGUGUUACUCAACACUCUCGCCAUUGCCACAGAACAUCAUGACCAGACUGAAUGGAUGAACCAGUUUCAAGAUACAGUCAACAAGAUCCUGCUCACCUGUUUUGCAAUUGAGAUGGUCAUGAAGAUGUAUGCGUUUGGCCUACGAAUGUACUUCAUGUCGAUCUUCAACCGUUUCGACUGUUUCGUUGUUACUGUGGGCAUCCUGGAGCUUAUCCUGGUCUCAGCAAAUGUGAUGACAUCACUGGGAAUUUCUGUGAUGAGGUGUAUUCGACUCUUACGUCUGAUGAAGGUUACAAAGUACUGGAAAUCUUUGAGCAAUCUUGUGGCAUCUCUGAUAAACUCCAUCCGUUCCAUCGCCUGUCUGCUCCUCCUGCUCUUCCUCUUCAUUGUUAUUUUCUCUCUCCUGGGCAUGCAAGUGUUUGGAGGCAAAUUCAAUUUUCCUGACAGGCCCUUGCAGCGCAGCAACUUUGACAACUUCCCUCAGGCUCUCAUUAGUGUAUUCCAGGUCCUGACUGGGGAGGAAUGGGAUUCCAUCAUGUACAAUGGUAUUAUGGCUCAUGGUGGACCAACUUUCCCAGGAAUUCUUGUCUGCAUUUAUUUCAUCAUCCUGUAUAUCUGUGGAAACUUCAUCCUCUUGAAUGUGUUCUUGGCCAUUGCUGUUGACAACCUAAGUGAAGCUGAAAGCCUUUCAUCAGCACAGAAAGAAAGGGAGGAGGAGAAAGCUAGAAAGAAACUUAUGAGAGGAACCCAGUCACAGAAGGGUGAGGAUGAAAAAGCUGUGGUGGUCAAGAGCAAACAUAAGGCUGAAAGCAUGCCCACGACAGCAAAGCUUAAAGUGGAUGAGUUUGAAUCAAAUGUUAAGGAAGUGAAAGACCCAUUUCCUCCUGCUGACUUUCCAGGUGAUGAUGAGGAGGAAGAGCCAGAGAUCCCUCCCAGUCCAAGACCCAGACCUAUGGCUGAUCUUCAGCUUAAAGAAACAGUGGUUCCCAUGCCCAAUGCCAGCUCUUUCUUCAUCUUUGGCCCAGAGAACAAGUUCCGUAAGAUCUGCCACAGGGCCAUCAAUGCAACCCCCUUCACAAACUUCAUCCUUCUCCUGAUCCUCCUCAGCAGCAUCUCUCUGGCUGCUGAAGAUCCCAUCGACCCCAAAUCCUUCAGAAAUAAGAUUUUGGCUUAUGCUGAUAUUGUCUUCACAACUGUCUUCACCAUUGAGAUUGUUCUCAAAAUGACUGUGUAUGGUGCCCUCCUGCACAAGGGCUCCUUCUGCCGAAACUCCUUCAACAUUCUGGAUCUCAUUGUUGUUGUGGUUUCACUCAUGUCAAUGGGAAUGGAGUCCAGUGCCAUCUCUGUGGUGAAGAUUCUCAGGGUGUUGAGGGUUCUCAGGCCACUUAGAGCCAUUAACAGAGCCAAAGGAUUAAAGCAUGUGGUCAGUUGUGUGUUUGUGGCCAUCAAAACUAUUGGCAAUAUCAUUCUGGUCACAAUGCUCUUAAACUUCAUGUUUGCUUGCAUUGGAGUCCAACUCUUCAAGGGCAGGUUCUUCUACUGCACAGAUCCACUAAAAUUGACUGAGAUGGAAUGUCAGGGGAAUUAUGUUCACCAUGUGCAGAACUCUCCUCAUGAAAUGGAGGUCCGUCCACGGGAGUGGCUCAACAGUGACUUUAACUUUGACAAUGUAUUAAAAGCAAUGCUCUCACUCUACACUGUAUCCACAUUUGAAGGCUGGCCAGAGUUGCUUUAUAAAGCCAUAGACUCAGAUGCAGAAAACAGGGGCCCGGUUUAUAACAAUCGUGUGGACAUUUCUGUCUUCUUCAUCAUUUAUAUUAUUAUCAUAGCUUUCUUUAUGAUGAACAUCUUUGUCGGCUUUGUCAUUGUGACUUUCCGAGAGCAGGGAGAGCAGGAGUACAAGAACUGUGAGCUGGACAAGAACCAGCGCCAGUGUGUACAGUAUGCACUGAAAGCUCGGCCCCUCCGCUGCUACAUCCCUAAGAACCCUUUCCAGUACCAAUUUUGGUACUUGGUGACCUCCUGCUACUUUGAGUACCUCAUGUUUUUCCUCAUCAUACUUAACACUUUGUGUCUAGGAAUGCAGCACUGUAAUCAGUCAGACCACAUCACAAAACUGUCAGACACCCUAAAUGUCAUCUUCACAGUUCUUUUUACCAUUGAGAUGAUUGUCAAACUUAUUGCUUUUAAAGUAAAGGGCUACUUUGGAGACCCUUGGAACGUGUUCGAUUUCCUCAUUGUGAUUGGAAGCAUUGUAGAUGUUGUCCUCAGUCAGGUUGAUGCUGCUUUGGAGUCCAGUGGUGGACUGUACUGCCUCCACGGCUGUGCUGAAACAAACCCAAUGCAGGCUAUUGCUUAUGAAGAAAAUGCUCGAGUCUCGAUCACCUUUUUCAGACUCUUCCGUGUCAUGCGUCUGAUAAAGCUGCUUAACCGAUCUGAGGGCAUUCGCAACCUGCUGUGGACCUUCAUUAAGUCCUUCCAGGCUUUUCCUCAUAUAGCUCUUAUCAUAGUAAUGCUUUUCUUUAUCUACGCUGUCAUAGGAAUGCAGGUAUUUGGUAAAAUUGCUCUAGUGGAUGGUACUGAGAUCAACCGUAACAAUCACUUCCAGACAUUCCCACAAGCCAUUCUGAUACUGUUCCGAUGUGUUACAGGAGAGGGUUGGCCAAAGAUCAUGCUGGCAUGUAUGUCUGGGAAGCUGUGUGAUCCAAAAUCAGACUAUGGCUCAACUCCUGGAGAGGAAUACAGCUGUGGAACAAACUUUGCUGUAUUUUACUUUCUGAGUUUUAACAUGUUGUGUGCAUUUUUGAUUAUUAAUUUGUUUGUGGCCAUUAUUAUGGACAACUUUGACUACCUGACUCGUGAUUGGUCAAUCCUUGGUCCACACCAUCUGGAUGAGUUCAAGAAGAUUUGGGCAGAAUAUGAUCCUGAGGCAACGGGUCGAAUUAAACAUCUAGAUGUAGUAACACUUUUACGAAGAAUCCAGCCACCACUGGGAUUUGGAAAAUUCUGCCCUCAUCGCUCAGCUUGCAGGCGAUUAAUUUCCAUGAACAUGCCCCUGAACAGUGAUGGAACGGUCACCUUUAAUGCUACGUUGUUUGCUUUAGUUAGAACAGCUUUGAAGAUUAAAACUGAAGGUAACUUUGAGCAGGCUAAUGAAGAGCUCAGAGCCAUUAUUAAGAGUAUCUGGAAACGGAUCAGUAUGAAACUUUUGGACCAGGUCCUUCCACCUAUUGGAGAUGAUGAGGUUACUGUUGGGAAGUUCUACGCCACCUUCCUGAUUCAGGAGUACUUCCGUAAGUUUAUGCAGCGCCAGGAAGAGUACUAUGGUUACCGGCCUACUAAAAAAAGAGCAGCUGAGAUUCAGGCGGGUCUGCGCAGCAUUGAGGAGGAGGCUGCCCCCGAGCUCCACAGAGCCAUCUCAGGAGACCUUAUUGCUGAAGAUGAAAUGGAGAGAGCCAUGGCAGGGGGCGAGGAGGGCAUCUACAGGAGAACCGGGGGUUUAUUUGGAACCAAUGCAGACCCCUUUUCAUCAGAACCCAGUAGCCCUACAACAGCACAGACUAAUCAACGCCCCCUGCAGUUCUCUGAGAGUCGUCCGGAGGAUGUGGAGUCUCCACCUGACUCUGUGUUCCUCCACAAUACUGAGUUCUUUCCUGUAACACCAACCAGAACCAACAUCACCAACAAUAAUGCCAACUUUACAGACGACUUUAUAUAUGAAAGAGAGUCACCAUCACUUGCUGGAACCAGAGGCCAAUCCUUUGAAGAUAUCAGAGAAGUUGGUAUGCUUCCCAGUAGAGCAUCAUCGUCUUUUAGAGAUGUUGAAGACAGACACCAGUCAGAUUUUACUGUGAGGAAUGACAUCACUCAGUUCCCUUAUAAUCCAACAUAUGAUGGAAAUGAAUCUCUACCAGCAGCUGAUAAACUCAUCCAACAGGCAUUAAGAAAUGGUGGCCUUGAUACCAUGGCUGAGGACCGCAAGUUUAUUUCUGUGACUAAGAAGGAGAUGGCAGAGGCAAUGAAAAUCAGCGUGGGUGACAUGGAGGAAGCUGCUCAGGGCAUUCUGAAUGAAAAGAGUGGGAAAACAGUGAAACGCAAAAGACGCCCUAUUCCGGUUCCACCCAGCGCUAAACCUGCCAAAUCAAACCAAGCCACCACUGCAGUGUAGGCUGUUAUGCUCUGUCUACUUAUUUCAUGUCCUGACAAGGAUACUUUGACUCUCCACCAGCCUUAUCCUGAAAAAAUUAAAAUCCACAUGUUACUCAACCUCACAUGCUCAGCAAAAAGAAAUAAAUAUCUUUAACAGGCAAUGCAAACAACCAUAUGAGUGUAGUUUUGCCUAAGUGAGGUUUUGUGUUUAUUUGCUGCUUUAAUCAGGGUGGAGUGUUUUUCCCCAUUGGAAACAGAUCAGGAGGGAGAGAAUAGGACAGAAAAUGUCUUAUUUAUUUUAUUAUUGUGAGCAAGAUGAGUUCAAUCUUGUUUGCAUCUUGGUCUUAAUAGUUAAUGUUUUAAACAUUUGAAUUCAGUCAGACUGUUCUGGAGAAUAAUCUGUGAUCUGGUUAAGAAAUCAGCAGGUAUUAUGAACAGCAGUAUUAAAAGGAUUUAAGUAGAGUAUUAGGACUUAGUACUGUACAAAAGUCAUAAAGGAGUCUGAAAGAUUAAGAUGCUUUCAAAAAAUAAUUAAAUGUAAUGUUCUGUAAUGUAAGAAACGCUAUACCAUUUCAAACAGAAAUUGUCGUUGCUGCACAGAUUCUACAAGCCUUUUCUCACUUGCUUCUUUCUUACCAAGUAAAAUCCUAGGCAGUGCUCCUGACAUUUUUAUUUAAGGUGUUUGUCUGAAUGUAUUACUUUCAUAAAUGACAUAUACAGUAUAAAUGUAUCAUAACAUUUUUGUCGAAAAUUGAAGUUUGGCACUUUAAUGUAGAACACGUAGACAUCUAAAGUCUAGAUUUUAAUUGUUUUUAAUUAAGGCGCUCAGACUUUUGUACAGUAGUGUAGGUUAAAAUACACUUGUUGAGCAGUAACAGGAAAGAAAAAAUGAAAUGUUGAUUACAUGCAAGUGUAUGAGAAUUGUUUGGAUAAAGGUUUUAUGAUGUUAGAUAAUGUACCUGUACAGCUGUAUGCAAUGGAGUUACUCUACAUUUGACUUUUGAACUUGUCGUUAAAGUCAGUUACGCAGCAGCCAGGAGUACAUUCUUUUCUUUUCUUUUCUUUUUUUAACAGUGCUGUCUGGUAUGGCAGUAAAAAGUUAUCUUUUCCUUUCUUGUUUUGAGAUAUGUUUUGGAAAAACAAAACAGAUGUAGAUUUCCUAAGAGGACUCUGCAAAUGUAUACUUUAAACACUUUAGCUACAUUAAUCAGCUAUUCAAUAGACGUUUUGUAUUAAAUAGCUUAUUAAUGAUCUUUUAUAAGCUUAAAAAUAAGAACUUUUUUUGAAACAACCACUAGAGAUUAUUUUAUUGUUUGAUGUUCACUAAUGGACUGCUAAAAUAUAAGCAAGGUCCACCCAAUUUCUGUCACAUUCAUUUCCUCAAACCAGGUUUUGAUUUUGUCUCUCAGUGUAUAUUAAACAGAUUUUUAAAUAAACUGAUAUCAUAAUAAUACUAUAAUACACUAUACAAUAAUUCACACUAUAAAAUACUUCAGUAAACCAAAUUAUUAUCUAUCUUAUCUCUUUUUAAGACUCUUAAUCUGAUUAGCUAAUCACUAUUAGUUCAGAUUUUUAUUUCUGUUUUUUAUUUAUACAGUAUAGAUAUUUUAUUUUUGAAUAUUUGGUAGUUUAUUUUCACUACUGGUAAUGUUAUCCCAAGCUCUUAUGUUUCUUUAAAAAAAAUUAAAAUAAAAAAACUGAAGAGUCAGUAUUUUGGACUGCUUACAGCAGACUGCUGUUAUAAUGCUUAAUACUGGUUUAGAUGAUUAACGUAGACGCAUCAAAAGAACUAGACUGAGGGGAUUUUUGGGCUUGCUGCUGAAAAUAACUGCUGAUGACCGUGUUAUACAGGCCACUUGACAGGCUUUCAACAAGAAAAAAUAGAUUAAAUGAACACGGACUUGAUAUGGAGACAAAAAAAAAAAAAACAGAUGAACACUUUCUACCCAGAAACCAUGGGUGUUACACUUUUGCACUAUGGCUAUAUUAUGCAAGGUCUGUCAGCUACCUUAAGCAAAAUGUUAUCGCUCUGGAAUUGUGCAGCCCAGGCAUUAUGCAAUUGUAAGUAGCUGAUAUUUUGCCCAUGUUUAUUAAAAAUACACUGGGGGAACAAA